AUUGACAGGGCGCCUUUUAAGUGCCUCAAGGCCUUGUUGAAUAACAUCAGUCGAAGUGUAUAGCAAUGCUUCAAAGCGAACACACACGCACGCACGCACGCCACCCCCCAACCCCCACCGCACGUAGUAUCCGUUUUCAGUGAUGCCACGAGUCGAGUUCGGCGUGCCCUUGCCGAAGAUGACGUCAAGCUGCGUUCGGGGCAAAUUGCCCUCGUUGCGAAAGAGUCAGGUUGCAGUGCCCUAGGGUUGUCACAUUCUUCUUGAUGCAACUGUCAACUGUACACUGGGGUGUGUGUGUGCUGCCUGGCCAAGUAUACACUAUUUCACAGUCACUGUUUUGCAGUGAACGACAAAGUCUUAAACAGCCGUAUUUUGAAAUCACGGAGGCACUUGGGCGCGCCCGAGGAUGGACAAGAACGACGUGGACGGAAGUGUACCGAGUGUGAAUAUUCAACAGCUACAGCCGACAGGCGCCACGCCGUUGAAGCAAAGCGCCCCCUAUCGAUCACCUCCUGCCAUACCGCCAACGCCUCCCAUGUCAGAACCAAUACCUGCUCCUACUUGCAGUAUCGGGGAAGCUCGUGAAAAGCAACUAAGGAGAUACGCACACAUUCUACCAAAACCGACCAUGCCAGGCGCUCAGUACCUUCCCAAAGUUUAUGUAGUUCCUGAUACAUCCGUUAGGGGGCCCGAAAGUUGGAAGCAUACUUCCCCCGCGCAAGUGCAGCCCAAUCCGCAAGACGUCCCCGAUGCGCCGACCACUGGAAGAAACGUCUGCAACGACGACAGGACUGGUGUGUCCACUAAAAAGAGUGCGAGAUCCGGAGAGGCACUGCGGCAAAGAUCGGGCCCGUACACCAAGAAGGUUCACUACCCCAGCCGUUCCCAGCAACGAAGCCCAGCUAAGCAACACAGUUGGACGGUGCUUACAGCGAGUUCAGCUUCCACAUCCACGCGUCAGCCGGAGGAAUCUUCAAGUACACGAGGUCAAGGACUAGGAUGGUUGUCCGGAGGACUAGCCCAGGUUCUACUGCAGCGAGGAAACGCGUGGAGUGAGCCCAGCAGCACGGAAAGACUGAAAGACUUUGUGCCCUACAAUUGGCUAUUGCAGCGUUUGAAGAAAGCUGCUGCAACUGGAGCGAUCGCGAGCGGUCCACAUUCCAGCUGCACAGGAAAGAGCGCCACCUGUCUUCCGACGGACGAACAACCGAAUCGCCACACAUCAUCAAGCAUUGAGAAGUGCGCAUACAACCAGUUUGAGGGGAAGGCCACGUCCGUAACUUCGACUGAUUCAGACAACAGACUACUUGAAACCGACUCAAGUCAGACCCACGAUGAGCCAAUGGAACUAUGUGAUGAGACCUCCUCAGAAAUGGAAACAGCCUACGGUGUUUGCAAUCGCCCAGACGGCCUUUAUAUGGAGACAACAGCGUUUGGCCCACUCCUUUCAGGCCACAAGUCGAGGUCAUUACCAGAAGGCGCUAGUGACAACCGUCUGAGCUGCCCUGCUGUUGAGGUCAUGGAAAUGGGGUCGCCCGUUAUGGUAGAGCAGGGGUGCGAAGGUACGACAGAGAUGGUGAGCUACGAGGAAGGAAAUAGGACGGAAGGCUGUGUGAAGAGGGAACGUCGCCGACGACGCUUUCUAUCCGGGCCGGCCCGACUUUUGGUGGACAACGGUACCAGUUAAGUGACGGCAGCAACGACAAUGCGCAAGCACGGGAAGCUGGUGGAAGAAGACGUGAAGAGAAAGAAGCCACGUGACCAACUCCCGAAAGUUCCCGCCAAAAGACGAUGAAAGUCCUUUAAUUUGUUGUUGUAUAGUGUAUUUUGAGGCGACAACUAUCUUGUUUCAAAUCUAUAUCUCACGUUUGGGCAUAUAUAAAAAUAUUACCUUGAUGGCAACCAUACCAAGAAGUAUUGUGCUGAAAUUUAUGCUGGCGGAAGUCACCUUUGUUUGAUAUGUUUGAUAUAUGUUAUGAUUUUGCUGUAACUCAAGUAAACAAUAACACCAUGAACACAUCACAAGUGCCUCUGUUCAUCCAUUGCCUGUAAUAAUCUGCUAACAUAAUCUUUAUUUCAAAGCGUAAUAGAAGAAAAUAAGUACCUCACAACUAUAUCCAUCUACCAUAUCUUAAACUCAUAUACAUCUUUUCAACAAUACAACACUACCAUAAUAAUAUGUUUUCUUGCUGGAAUGACUCAUCUAAGAUCAUGUUACAAAGUAAACAACAAGCAAAUUAUCCAGUUAAAGGCUUUCAGGGAAAAAAGUACUCUGAUAUACUAAUGCAGUAGUUAUAGCCAUGAUCCAAUUUUGGCGACGCCCAAGGAGCGGAGGUGAUAAAUACGGAUCGUAUCAGAUCUGCUGCCAAUGCAACAACUAGAAAUACAGUACCAACAUAACGUUCUAAUGCUUCACAACUCUUAUAUUUCCUUAAUGUAUGUAUAAAGUGACAGUUUUAUAUUCCAUAAUUCAAUAUCUGUCAAGUGUGACAUCUAUAUGUUACUUCGUUCAGGCAUCUACAUUGUACCAGCUAUAUAUUUGUACCAUGGCCAGAUAUUUAAGGGUUCCUCCAGGCAGCAAAAAUACUUUGUUCUAUUUACAAUACUUGCAGUACAAAAUUGCACACUUGUUUUCUGACGAGAUGUACAUAAACGACUUUGUUCAGGAAUGCAACCAGCCUCCAGCAACCCUUAAAUAAAUGCCCAUCUGUAGUACUUGUCUACCUACAUACAUGUAAC